CCAUGACAUUCACUGGACAAACGUAGAAGCUCAUCGAAAUCAAAGCAGCCUUAGUGUUCACCCUCACACCCGUCUCGCCACUUCCUAUCCCUGCAUUUCUUCCGGAAAGAACUUCCCGCCUAGCCUCACAUCUCACAUAUCGACUAAGUGACGGCCUUCUCACUACCGCCAUCGGCUCUGACUAUUUAGCCCUAACUCUUCAUGACUGGCACCUGUGAGGCGAGUGAAUGAGGUCUAGAAUCUCAAACUUUGUAGUUUUUUGCCCACGGCCAUGUUCCAAACCUUUAGUGGAAACACGCGGCGACCGCGCCAGGUAAACCUCUCCGGCCGCAAGACGCAUGCAUUCGGAAAUGUAGGCAGCGGAGCCGGGUCCCAGGCUGCCCUGGACCGCGCCCAACAGGAGCGAAUACAGAGACAGCGCGAGCGAGACCAACAGAAGGCAGUUGGGACACUACAGAGGGUGUGGAGGGGACACUGCAUCCGGCAGCAACUCGCAUCGCAGCUGCGGGACGAGUGGGAUGCUGUUGAAGGACCAUCUACCCAUCGAGCGUUCUCGCAGGAAGCCGUUCCAUACAGCUCUGAGCAAGAGGCUUUAGCACAACUGCAACGACUCUUGAAGUUCACUCACAUUCGCAAUGUGGAGGACUUGCAAAGGAUACGGCACUAUGGAUUCCGCCAGAUCGAGACAGUCCGAACCGUGGGGAUCGCAUCAACGGGCCCGUGGCCGUUGGCAUACCUUCGAUUACAGAGGAUAGUGUUGACAGUUAUGGAGCGGCGGGGCAGGCUGGGGUUUUCGGAAUGGAACCAGUACGAAAAGUUCGCAACCAUCCUGCGCUUCCUCGCCGACCAGAUUCCCGCAGAGACCUCCCAAAAUGCCAAACAAUACUACCGCACAUUGGCUCAAGUGGUGGCCAGGCUAUCUCCCGAGUGGGAACUGGCAAAUGGAAAUACCGACUUGGCCGACGUGCCAAAGGCCAUUUCGGAAGCCGUCAUCUCACCACUCACAAAAGUAACCGGAUACACUUUGAAUGCAUAUGAGGCAUUCGGCUACAUUUUCAUGACACUUCCUAUCCUGAGCGCAGAAUCAAGCUCAGCUCUCACGCAAAUGUUCCGGGACUCGCUUGCAGACUCGAUCAACUACAAGCUGCUGGCGAAUGCGUUGGCUACUUUAUUCAAGAGCUCGGGCAUCAUCUCGCACUUGGAAAUAGUGGAAACGAUGAGUCGACUGCGACUUCUGGCUUGCUUCAUUUUCUUCCACCGUUACGCUCACAAUUUCCAUACUCCAGCGGCCUACUCUGCACAUAAAGAUUUUGUAACAGUAGUGUCGCUUUUGCUAAACUCACUUCCAACCAACAUCAUCGAAGGCCAGAGUACGGACACUGAUCGGCCGGAGGAACUGGAUACCCCCCGAACAGCUGAUGCCGUGAACGAAUUCUUGAAGGACCAGAUCUUGUCCCUCGUCAAUCAAGAAGGAAUUGGCAAUCUCUUAUCUGGCUCUUCUCGGUCAUCCGAGCUCUCGGAAGAAGAGAAAAUAGAGGAAGCCAGACAACUUGCCAAUUACGCGUUGGCUCUUCUUCGAUUUUUCCCCCGUAGAGGUGAUGAAAUUCGGAUGUGGCUCUACAUUGGCCCAUCAGCUACACGUUCCGAUGGGUCAUCACAGAAUCUGCCUGCCAUCAAAUACUUUUGGGAAGCUUCAAAACAAUCUUCAGUCUUCAGCACAAUUUUACGCGAUUCUCGAGCAGCCAUUGAGCUCCUUCGGCCGAAGACGGUGUCUCUCGAUAUUUCCUCCGCACAGAACGCCCCGCCUACAAGCUUAGUGCAUCAUGCCUUUUGGCAAGCUCCUAAACAGGAUGCCGACCGAAAUGCUGCUAUUGCUGAUGAGUGGAGAGUAAUCCUUGUCUUCCUUGAGCUCUAUACAUUCGUCUUGAAAGUAAUGGAUGACGAAGAGUUCUUUUCUAGCGGUAGAGAUCCGCUUUCGAACCAAGCCCGAGAUAACGCGCUACCACUAUCCGACGUCAAAGAUUUAACAACUUUUCUUAAAAAUCUCGGAUUCACGUUGUACUUCAAUGCUUCCGACAUCAACGUCUCCGAAGAACGGGAUGCCAGCAGCACGAGUCUUAGUUUCUUCAAUCCUAAGAUGCCUGAACCUCAGCCGCAAAAACAAACCACUGAGCCUUCUGUUGGAGGAGUCGCCGGCUUGAGCCUUGACUACGUCAAGGGUCUCGUUACAGGCCUGCUUCGCAUGGUUUAUGAGCGAGACUCGAGACGAAAGUUCUUGCCAUCGGACCAUUGGCUGAUGACCUCUAGGUUCGACAUGACUGGCUUUAUCCCUGCCGUUGUUCAGGAAGAGGAGAGUAGGCACAAGAUAGAAGAGGAGGACGCGGAGGACGUUGAUGAAGAAGAAGAAGAGUUCGACGAUACGCCCCAGCUGAUAGGUACUAGCCGAACCCAGCAUCAGAGACGUCUUGAGAGACUUCAACGACAGCAACGCAAGGCUUCAAGAAGGAGGUAUCUGCAAGCAGUAGCACCGCGCUUAGAGAUUCUCCAGAACAUGCCGUUCUUCAUUCCAUUCACGACCCGUGUACAGAUUUUCCGCGAAUUUGUGAACCUAGACAUGACUAAACGAAGAGGCAGCGCAGAUCCCGAGGCAUGGAGAUGGAACGUUAUGCACCGUCCUGAUGCUCCCCAAACGUUCGAGAAACAUUCGGCAAAGAUUCGACGAGAACACGAAUUCGAAGACGCUUUUCAGCAGUUCUAUCCGUUGGGACAGGGAUUGAAGGAGCCAAUCCAAAUCACUUUUGUGGACCAAUUUGAUACAGUAGAAGCUGGUAUUGAUGGAGGGGGUGUUACGAAGGAAUUUCUUACGAGCGUUACAAAUAGAGCCUUCAUGCCCACCAACUACAUCGACAUGUUCGUUGAGAACGAUCAGCACCUUCUCUACCCCAACCCAGCCGCCAUGGAGGAGCACAAAGAGGCCUUGAAGCAGGCAGGAUUGAGGGAGAAUUCAGCGGAAUUUCGGCUCCAAGUUAGAGAGCUCCUACAGCGCUAUGAGUUCCUCGGUCGUAUUAUUGGCAAGUGCCUUUACGAAGGUAUUCUGGCUGAUAUCAACUUUGCUCCCUUCUUCCUUCGAAAGUGGGCACUUACAGGUGGCACUGGUUCGGCACCUAAGGAAACUGGAUAUCGUCCCACCCUAAACGAUCUUCGCGACCUGGAUGAAGCUUUGUAUCAAGGCCUGCAUCAAUUGAAGACCUAUACUGGUGAUGUCGAAGACUUUUCCCUCAAUUUCACCGUCACAGAUACCAUCACCACAGACUUCACCACCAAUCCACCAACAACAAGAGCAGUUACCAAGGAAUUACAACCUGGUGGCUCUAACAUCCCCGUGACCAACGCGAAUCGCUUAGUCUACAUAAGUUUCAUGGCACGCCACCGCCUCCAAAACCAACCUCUUUUCCAGACGACUGCGUUUCUAAAAGGCCUAAGUUCCAUGAUCCAGCCCAGUUGGUUGAGCAUGUUCAACCAAUCCGAGCUCCAAACCCUGAUUGGUGGUACCUCAAGUUCUAUUGAUGUCGAAGAUCUCCGCCGCAACACCAUCUAUGGCGGGACUUAUGUCAUUGGUGACGACGGGCUCGAGCAUCCUACCAUCCAACUUUUCUGGAAGAUUAUGAAGAAACUGUCAGAUGGGGAAAGGAGAGCGGUGCUCAAAUUCGUAACGAGUACUCCAAGAGCGCCUUUGCUAGGGUUUGGGACCCUAAAUCCAAGGUUCAGUAUCAGAGAUGCAGGGAGUGACCAGGAGAGACUGCCAAGUACGAGUACCUGCGUUAACCUGUUGAAGUUGCCCAUGUACAAGGAUGAACGAGUCUUCAAGGAGAAGUUGCUGUACUCAGUCUUCUCGGGGGCUGGAUUUGAUCUGAGUUGAGCAGCUGAUGAAGGAACGGAGGGAGAGGGUUAGGGGAUGUCUUGUGAUGGCAUUGGAUACGGAUGAUUAUCACACAGAGUAUGAGUUCUUGUGCGAGAUGGAUACGUGUAGAAUAGAUUUGAUCAUGGCAUUAUGGUUAGUCUGCGAUUAUGAUAGGUAGGGGUCUAUAUUGGCAUUGGCCAGAUGACGCUUGAGACAUGUCCACAGCGGUUUCUAGGUUUUGGUCACCUCGUGC